AUGAAUCCUGCGCAUACGUCAACCAAGGUGUGCACGGAGACAGUCAGCCAAGAAAGUGGAGACAUGGCUCGUGCAGAUCCUCAUUCGUCUUCCUACUGUGACUCUAACGAGAUCCUGUACAAGGACUCUUGUUAUCACUUUGAGGGGACGCCUAAUACUUGGCAAGCGGCUGAAGAUUUCUGCAAGGAAAAGAGAGGUCUCUUGGCCAGCGUCCGCUCACCGGUUGACAGACGAUUUUUGGCUGCUCACGUGCGAGAAGGAGUUCAACCUUGGCUGGGACUCAAGAACAACAGUGGCAAAUUUGAGUGGCUCGACGGAUCAUCUACAGACAACGUCACAAAGAACCCUACUCAAAAUGCAGAUGACUGCGCAAAGUUGAAUGAGAAUGGAGAAAUUCAGCUUGAGGGUUGUACUGGCCUUGGUCCAUCCAUCUGUCAAAAAGGCAAGGCCAGAGCUUCUCUUCCGCUACUUCCGGCGUCGGCAUCAGCGUCAGGCAAGAGUGCAAAGUGCGGCUGGUGGCGGGAGAACCCCGCCAACGACUUCUGCUACCUGAUCAACGCCAUGCCCACCAAGACCUGGAAGGAGGCACGAGACGAGUGCGCCCGCCUCAGAGGCAACCUGCUCGCCAUCACCGACUCGAACGAACACACCUUCAUACGAGGGCUUCUGCCAAGCGGUUCCUCUUUGUGGUUGGACGCCAGCGACAUCAUUGUUGAAGUCGGCAGCGAGCAGUCUGACGAAUCCUCACCGAGUUCCGUCCUUUUGGGCGCAAGUAACCCUGGUGACCCCCUCGGCCGACGCUGCAACUCCUUACUCAGUGGCAAGGGCGGCAUGGAAGUUGUCGAUUGCGAGAAGAAGCGCGGCUACGUCUGCAAGAGAAGAGUCGUUCAGACAUGUGAAAGGACCAAAGGGUGGCGCCGCUUUGGCUCCAACUGCUACAAGAAGAUGGAGACCACCAACGGUUGGCUGGGGGCUCGUUACGACUGCGUCCGGGAGGGCGGCGACCUGGUCUCCAUCACCUCCGAGGACGAGCAAAGCUUCGUGAAGGAGCAAAUGGGCGACAAGCCGUUCUGGAUCGGACGUUCCAAUCUGAACUGCGACGUGGCCUGGUGUCGGUUUUUUGAAGCAGGAGAAAAAAGACUGUCUUUGUCCGACACCGGUGUGACGCCGACCUACGCCAACUGGGACUCGCGUCAAGAUAGAAGCCCCAACAAUGAAUCCUGCGCGUACGUCAACCAAGGUGUGCACGUAGACAGUCAGCCUGGAAAGUGGAGACAUGGCUCGUGCAGAUCCUCCUUAAUGUACAUGUGCGAGCGGCCGCUCGACGCCUGCCCAGACGGACGACUGUGUUCCUACAAAGACUAUGGAAUCGGCUACAAUCGAGUGGAGACUUCCUACUGCGACACUGGCGACUUCCUGUACAGGGACUCUUGCUAUCACUUUGAGGGGAUGAAGCGAACUUGGGAGGCAGCCGAGAGGUUCUGCGAAGAAUGGAACGGUGGUCACCUGGCCAGCGUCCAGUCACUGGUUGAUGGCCAAUUCUUGGCUGCUCACGCGCCAUAUGCAGGAGGAGUGCAAUCUUGGGUGGGACUCAAGAAGAACAAGGACAACUUUGAGUGGAGCGACGCAACACCUACGGGCAACAUUGUGUGGGUGCCAAACGGGCCGAAAGGGCGUGGUGGCUGCUCUGCCUUGUCGCCGACUGGUCAACUUGAGGAUUGGCCCUGCACCGAAAGUCGGCCAUUCAUCUGUAAAAAAGCCAUGGUCCAAGAGUUUCUUCUUCCUCCGCCGGCAGGCUGGAGUGCAAAGUGCGGUUGGUGGCUGGACCGAUCCUCCGACGACUUCUGCUACCUGAUCCAACGCAGGCCCACCAAGACGUGGCAGAAGGCGCGAGACGACUGCCUCCGCCGAGGAGGCGACCUGCUCAGCAUCGCCGACUCAAAUGAACAGGCAUUCAUACAAGGUUUGUACACUUUUCUGCCGAGCGCUCCCUCUCUGUGGUUGGGCGUGAACAACAACAUCACGAAAGACGGGAGCGAAUGGACUGACGGAUCCCCGUUUGGUUACGUGCUCAUGGACGGAGAUGACCCCGGUGACCUCUCUGGUGCAUCCUGUCUUUCCUUACUCACAAGCAACGGCCGCUGGAAGUUUGACGAUUGCAGGAAGAAAAGGGGCUACAUCUGCAAGAAAAGAGGAAUCCCGGCAAAGCCUCAGCAGCCUCUUCCUGCUUUAACCCAUCAUGAGCCAACAUGUGACACAGUCAACGGAUGGAGUCCUCACGGCUCAAACUGUUACAAGAAGAUGGAGACCCCCAACGGUUGGCUGGGGGCUCGUCACAACUGCCUCUGGGAGGGCGCGGACCUUGUCUCCAUCACCUCUGAAGACGAGGAAAUGUUUGUGAUGGAGCAAAUGGGCAACAAACCGUUCUGGAUCGGACUCUCCAAUCUGAACUGCAACGAGACCUGGUGUCAGUUUUUUAAAGCGGGCGAAAAGAGCGUGACUUGGUCCUACACCAGUGUGACGCCGACCUACGCCAACUGGGACCCGCGUCAAGACCAGAGCUUCAACGAUGAAUCCUGCGCAUACGUCAACCAAGGUGUGCACGGAGACAGUCAGCCUAGCAAGUGGAGCCAUGGCUCGUGCAGAUCCUCAUUGGUGUACAUGUGCGAGCGGUCGCCCGACGACUGCCCAGAUGGAUGGCCGUGUUCCUACAAAGACUUAGGUUACAGUUACAGUCGAGUGGAGACUUCCUACUGUGACUCUGACGAGUUCCUGUACAAGGACUCUUGUUAUCACUUUGAGGGGACGCCUAAAACUUGGCAAGCGGCUGAAGAUUUCUGCAAGGAAAAGAGAGGUCUCUUGGCCAGCGUCCGCUCACCGGUUGACAGACGAUUUUUGGCUGCUCACGUGCGAGAAGGAGUUCAACCUUGGCUGGGACUCAAGGAAAGCACAGCCAAGUUUGAGUGGCUCGACGGAUCAUCUACAGACAACGUCACAAAGAACCUUACUCAAAAUGCAGAUGACUGCGCAAAGUUGAAUGAGAAUGGAGAAAUUCAGCUUGAGGGUUGUACUGGCCUUCGUCCAUCCAUCUGUCAAAAAGGCAAGGCCAGAGCUUCUCUUCCGCUACUUCCGGCGUUGGCAUCAGCGUCAGGCAAGAGUGCAAAGUGCGGCUGGUGGCGGGAGAACCCCGCCAACGACUUGUGCUACCUGAUCAACGCCAUGCCCACCAAGACCUGGAAGGAGACGCGGGACGAGUGCGCCCGCCUCAGAGGCAACCUGCUCGCCAUCACCGACUCGAACGAACACACCUUCAUACGAGGGCUUCUGGCAAGCGGUUCCUCUUUGUGGUUGGACGCCAGCGACACCAUUGUUGAAGUCGGCAGCAAGCAGUCUGACGAAUCCUCACCGAGUUCCGUCCUUUUGGGCGCAAGUAACCCUGGUGACCCCCCCGGCCGACGCUGCAACUCCUUACUCAGUGGCAAGGGCGGCGUGGAAGUUGUCGAUUGCGAGAAGAAGCGCGGCUACGUCUGCAAGAGAAGAGUCGUUCAGACAUGUGAAAGGGCCAAAGGGUGGCGCCGCUUUGGCUCCAACUGCUACAAGAAGACGGAGACCACCAACGGUUGGCUGGGGGCUCGUUACGACUGCGUCUGGGAGGGCGGCGACCUGGUCUCCAUCACCUCCGAGGACGAGCAAAGCUUCGUGAAGGAGCAAAUGGGCGACAAGCCGUUCUGGAUCGGACGUUCCAAUCUGAACUGCGACGUGGCCUGGUGUCAGUUUUUUGAAGCAGGGGAAAAAAGACUGUCUUUGUCCGACACCGGUGUGACGCCGACCUACGCCAACUGGGACUCGCGUCAAGGUAGAAGCUCCGACGAUGAAUCCUGCGCGUACGUCAACCAAGGUGUGCACGUAGACAGUCAGCCUGGAAAGUGGAGACAUGGCUCGUGCGGAUCCUCAUUGGCGUACAUGUGCGAGCGGCCGCUCGACGCCUGCCCAGACGGACGACUGUGUUCCUACAAAGACUAUGGAACGGGCUACAAUCGAGUGGAGACUUCCUACUGCGACACUGGCGACUUCCUGUACAGGGACUCUUGCUAUCACUUUGAGGGGAUGAAGCGAACUUGGGAGGCAGCCGAGAGGUUCUGCGAAGAAUGGAACGGUGGUCACCUGGCCAGCGUCCUCUCAUGGGAUGAGGGCCAAUUCUUGGCUGCUCACGCACCAUAUGCAGGAGGAGUGCAAUCUUGGGUGGGACUCAAGAAGAACAAGGACAACUUUGAGUGGAGCGACGCAACACCCACGGGCAACAUUGCAUGGGUGCGAAACCGGCCAACAGGACGUGGUGAUUGCUGUGCGCUAACGCCAACUGGACAAGUUGCGGACUGGCCCUGCACCAAUAGUCGGUCAUUCAUCUGUAAAAAAGGUCCGAAAAUGAAGACCACUCACUUUGCACUUCCGUGUGCUCCCUCUAUCUAA